AACAACGACUCGGGCGGAGUGAUUUAGUCAGGACUACACCCAAGCGCCUGUCCGGUUGCAGCGGCUCCUCUUCGUUGCCUAGACCAGAAGAAAGCCGGGACGUAACGGUGCCGGGGGGGUUUUUGCUUGCUGGAGGCCCGUGUAACCACCGAUAAAUACAGCUUUCUCACAGUUUCUUCGUCGUUCAAGAGGCGAUCGUGACUUAGCUUACUUUUUUCACCUUAAAACUAAUUUCACAAACAUGUCCUGGCAAAGCUACGUGGACAACCUGAUGGCCGAUGGCAGCUGCCAGGACGCGGCCAUUGUUGGGUAUGCGGACGCCAAAUAUGUCUGGGCAUCUUUUGUCGGCGGUACCUUUGCCAACAUAACGCCUGAAGAAAUUGAUGUGUUAGUAGGAAAGGACCGAGAGGGAUUCUUCACCAGCGGGCUGACCCUGGGCAAUAAAAAGUGCUCCGUAAUCAGAGACAGCCUCCAAAUUGACAACGACUGGACAAUGGACAUCCGAACAAAGAGUCAAGGAGGAGAGCCCACAUACAAUGUUUCUGUAGGCAGAGCAGCCAAAGCAUUGGUUAUUGUCAUGGGGAAGGAAGGUGUCCAUGGAGGGCAGCUCAACAAGAAAGCAUUUCAGAUGUCUGAGUACCUGAGGAAGUCCGGAUACUAAAGCAGCCUGUACCCAGCUACCUAGCAGCUCACCCUUACCACCCUGUUGCAUUUCACACUACUUCCAGUCCUAGUUUGUAGUUUUUGUUUUUCUGCCUUCUCUUCUCCCCAUUUGUUAUCUGUCUUUGCUGUGUGGGGGUUUUUU